AUAGUCAGCCCUACGCCAAUCAAUCUUCCACUGCGAUCAUGAAAUUUGUCAUCCUUUUUUGUGUUGUUUUGGUUCAUAGUGAAGCAUUCACGCUGCAUCAACGCCAACAAGGAGAUGUGUACGCGCUGCAGUGUCUCGCUGAAACCGGAGUGAAUCCUGCUUCGGUAGCCUUGCUGAAAAUUGGAGAUUUUUCAUUGGAUGAUCAACGCUCAAAAUGUUUUGUGCGGUGCUUUUUCGAGAAGGAAGGCUUCAUCGAUGGCGAGGGCAAACUGCAGACUGAUAACAUUGUGGAAGCGCUGUCCGCCGAUUUCGAACGCGAAAAAGUGGAAGCAGUGAUUUUGAAGUGCGCGGUCGAUGGAAAAGACGCCUGCGAAACCGCCUUUCAGGCCUAUGAAUGUUUCUAUAAAAAUCGCGAAACUCUUUUCGUGCCGUGUACUCUGUGUACUGCACGCCAAGAGAAGCUCCCUUACCUUGAGAGGAAGCCAAGUUUACUGGAAUUGUUUUCAAUGAGAUUCGUCGGAGCUUACGCGUGCUGUUUGCUGAUUGCUAUGGCGGCAGUUGAUGCACUACCGAAGAAGGGCGAAAUUCGUAAGAGCAUUCGGUCUUGUGUGAAGGAAACAGGCGUUUCGGGGAAAAGUGCCGUGAGAGUGUUGAAAGGUAAUUUCUCCGAUGAUAGUGAUGACAUAAAGUGCUUCGUCAAAUGCAUGUUCAACAGAUUGGGAUUGAUUGACGACGAGGAUGAAAUUCUGCAGGAUGUAAUCCGAGAAAAGGCUCUGGAAACCAUGGACGAAUCGGAGGCUGAUAAACUGUUCAAAAAGUGCCACAUCGUUGGUGACGAUAUUUGUGACACGGCCUUCAAAAUAUAUAAAUGUUUCCUCGAAAAUCAUGACGUCCCGGCCGAUAUGUUAGACUUUUGAUGGAAUUCCGAUUCACAAUAAACUAACAUGAGACGUUGUUUUUAUCGCCACUAA